GGCCCGUAAGGUAGCAAAAAGUGGGUAAGUGUGUGAAGGUGUGUAUGGUCGAGCCUUUUUUUAACCGGAAGUCAGGAUAUACACUUCCCGCGAAUUCAAAUACACACCGCGGGAAUCUGAAACCUUUGGCCAAUGAAAUUACUGCACUGUAUAAUUAGGCGCGAAAGUAAGGAAAACUGCGGAAAUUGCACAAGAAGAAGAAGUAGAAGAAGAAGAUGACUUCAAGGAUUGAAGAUUGAAGACAGAAGAAGACGGAGUGGUUGAAAAUCUGAAUAUUUUUACAAAUACCGACCUCUGAUGCAACAGGGCCAUUAUGUCCACAAGGAGGAUGAGGAAAAAGCCUAUAGAUGAUGCAAAGACAUACAUUCUGUCUUGCACUGACAAGGAUGGGUUUAUGCCGAGAUUCAUUGACCAUUACAAAGGAAGAGGAGUGUUUGCCACACACCCCAUUGAACCCGGGGACUUCGUGUUGGAGUACAGGGGUAAACUCCUCACACAGGUGGAAUGCAAGUCAAGAAAAUACUCAGAGAUUGAAAGCACAUUUCUCUUUGACUUUCAGUGGCAGAAUCAUCACUUAUGCCUGGAUGCAUCUGAAGAAGAUGGAUCUCUCGGAAGAUUGGUCAAUGACAACCACAAAAAUCCAAAUUGCGUUAUGAAAAAAAUCAUAGUUGACGACAAACCACAUUUGUGCCUUUUUUCUCUGAAGAAAAUAGAAAUAGGAGAUGAAAUUGAUUACAACUAUGGUGAUUCAAAAUGGCCUUGGCGCAGUAAGUUGAAAAAAAACCAAGCUCCAGCCGCAGCAUUAGAGAAUGAGACUAGCCCUGUUCCUCAGAUGCUAAAUGAUGGACCAAACCCAGAUCAGACCUGCACACAGGUGAAAGGCCUUCAGACUCCAGCCGCAGCAUUAGAGAAUGAGACUAGCCCUGUUCCUCAGAUGCUAAAUGAUGGACCAAACCCAGAUCAGACCUGCACACAGGUGAAAGGCCUUCAGACUCCAGCCGCAGCAUUAGAGAAUGAGACUAGCCCUGUUCCUCAGAUGCUAAAUGAUGGACCAAACCCAGAUCAGACCUGCACACAGGUGAAAGGCCUUCAGACUCCAGCCGCAGCAUUAGAGAAUGAGACUAGCCCUGUUCCUCAGAUGCUAAAUGAUGGACCAAACCCAGAUCAGACCUGCACACAGGUAUUUACUGUCCAAGGAUUUUCACUGGUUGAUUAUCCAUAUAGUGAUGAAACUGAUGAGGAUGGUAUGGAAAACGAACCUCCCACCCCACACCUGGAUGUCAUUUUAGGGCAGAAUGAUAUUGGCCCAGAUGUUUCAAAUCAUUUGUACGAUUCAGAUGAAACUGUUGUGAAAGAAACUUGUGAUGAGGCUUCUCCAAGCAACCAUUCCAACAAUCAAUCGGAUGAUGAACUUGUUCCACCACUGAGACGCACAAAAAGCAUUAUGAUGGAUAGAGUACAAGAUUUUACCCACAGUCUCUAUGAUAGUGACAGCCCAGAGGAGACUACUUUUUUUAAGCCUGAAAGGGAUUCACAGAAGCUGAGAAGAAGGUCUUGCCGUCCCGAAGUUUGUCCAGAAAAUGUCAAGACACUUGUGGCGUAAACACCAAGAUGAAUUGGAUGUUGCGAAAGCAUUCAGUUUUCCAAAAAACUCAAAGGAAAGAAAACUACAAUUGGACUACAUACGAAAUAAGGGAAAUUUCGAGCACAACAGUCAUGUUUUGGAAACACAAAAAGGAAAACUAAUCCCAUGUAAACAACCAGGAAA